GGCAAAAUCAUAUAUACCAUUAAGGUUGUGGUUCACAUCGACAUACCAAGGAUAGAGCUUGAUGAAGCGAUGGAGUCAUUUUAUACUUUUUGUUCAUUUCUUCGCGUCAUUUUGGUGCUUCAAACGCUUGAUUUUCUUUUUUCUUUUUUUUUUUCAAAUUGGAAAGACGGUUAGUUCAAAGGGGUUGAAGCAGAGAAUUGGCUGUGAAUCCAUGCCCCUCGCUGCAUUGGCGACACAAUAUUCGAGUAGAAAUAAAACGCUCUUUCCUACGCGAACACUUUUUUUUCUUUUUCCUUGCUCUUUUCAUUACACAUCAUGACGAGGCAUCAGCAUUCUUUCCUGUUCAAUACGAUGUUCCCACUCAAAUCCAGCAAAGGCAGUUCGUUUCUGAGUAAAUUCAAAUCGACGACCAGGGUAGGGGUGUGCAACGAGACCGACAACGACAGUAACGGUUCACUAAAGAUGAUGGUCGAAGAACAAGACCUCCUCUGCUCCUAUUCACGACCGUCACCUGACAGGAUUCGAUCUUACUUUCCUACACACCCAUUGAUCCAGUAUUCAGCCGACACUUAUUCCGAGGAACCGACGAGAUUGCUUCUCGUGACACUGCAAAAAUUGAAAACCAUGGAAUGUCCUACGGUUGAACGGUACUUGGCGUAUCAAAGCCUCCUUGCGCAUCUUCAGCACCACAUGCGCAAAACGGAUCUUGUAUGGCGUGCGCAGAGUUUGUGCGAAAAGCGGAAUCCGUUGUUACUGGGCAAUAUCGGUACUACGAAGCCUCGAAGAACACGGUAUAUUGCCUUAUUACUGGAGACCGCCGUCGACCACAUCCAGCCGGGUCGUCACCCAGUACACGAGGCUUUGCGACGGCAAAGAAAGCUAUUCAGCGAGACCGCUAUGACGAUUGGUGCCGCGUCUUGCACAGAAAGUAUGGUGGAAAAGGAAGAGUUGUUUGGCUGGAUGAAACGAAGACAGAAAAAAGGCGAAACCACGGCAUGGAUGCCUAUUUGCACUGUAUCACCGUCCCCGUCUGUUACUACGUUACCACCGCCGUCGUCCCAUGCAGCCAUAGUAUCUGCGUUCCCCAGCUAUUCCCGUAAACCGGAUCGUCCACUUUUACAUGUUACACCACCCCGUCAAGCGCAUCGUGUUGUACGCGCGCCAGCCUCGGGGACUCUUUUGAAAUGGCGAGCGCGACAUGAAGAAGACAAUGUACCUUUGAGUAUGUUGCAAACAUGUAUCUCCAUGUCGCUUUCUCGCAGUCAAUCGCUGGUGGCAGGCACCAAGCGUCGCAAUAAACGAUCGCGUUCACUCCGUGAAAGCAGCAAAAUUCAAAAAGAUGCCUAAGUUAACCUUUGCAGCCACAGCAGCCAGUAUUUGUGCAGCGUUCUGUCCCUUUGAAUUUGCCCCCUCUUUUGUAGUUAUAACUUUAUUUACAUCGUUUUAUCAUGCAUUUUUUUCUUUGUCCCUUAGGCCCGUUUGACAUUGAGACUUUUUGUUUCCAUGGGCAUACGAGCGAGCAGAGACUCUCUGUGAUUCAAUUAUCCAACGGAGAGUCGCCCUUACCAUCCUCUGGUUCCAACACCUAA